CGUAGACCAACGCGUCUGUGGCCCCCGGCGCAUCGUUGCACAUCAACCAUCAGCCACAUCGUAGUUGUGUGUGCAGGAAAAAUGCGGCAAUGCGCGACAAUGUACACCGCGUUAAGUUCAGUGGCACUCCUGGUCUCUGGCGCCUCAGCAGCAGCCUAUGAGGUGAGGAGUGAGCACAUGUUGGAUCCGAUAAAGAACGUCGCCUUCAUCAACGACACAGGCAAAUUCUGGGAGGCACAGAAGGACAAUGAUGGCUUUUUCAGCGUCAUCGGCCGGGAAGGAGCUGUCCUUGAGGCGGAUCUGAAAGGCGUCGUGAUGCACAGCCGCCUCGCGUACGGAUUAUCCCGGGCCUUCAUGGCGACAGGCGACGAGAAGCACCUGCAAUUGGCAAGCCAGGCACUGAACUUCAUCUACGAGCACGGUCAUGAUGAGGUGUACGGCGGGUGGCACACCCAGACAGACAGCCGAGGAAAUCGAAUACCAACUGGGUGGGGUGGGAGAGAGUGAAAGAAAGAAACAUGUGUCGAAGUGCCCUGACGCUCUGGUUCUGGCUGUUUGCCUACUUUUCAGGUCAGAAGACAACGAGAAGUGGCUCCUCGUGCAGACGUACGCACUUCUGGGGAUGGUCGCUAUGUGUGAGGCGACCAAUGACCCUGCUGUCCACUGCGAAACGCUCGACAAAUCCAUUCAAGAGUACGACCAGCUACUCUGGGACACCGAGACGAAGGAGGGCGGGUACUUCGAGAAGAACAGCCGGGAUUUCUCAAGGCAGUUUGGCAAGGGCAUUGGUGGCGUCCUGGACGUCCUGAAUGUGUGGGCGAUGCCGAGGCUGUUGAUCAAUCAUGGGGCGGGCGAGGGGGCCGGCGGCAAGGAGGGCAACGCUGCGCACCAGCUGACUAUGCAGAGAUAUAGCAACCUCAGUGACCUGCUCGUAAGUGCAUGGAAAUGUGACUGACGAGGCGCACGCUCCACUACACGUGUCUGUGCCUUGCUUCUCCUCUCACGCACAGAUGACAAAGGUAGUGGCCUCGAUGGACAGCCCAUCCGUCAAGUACGGUGUCGCCAGCGGCUUCUACACCAACUGGACAAUUGCCGAGAGCGACACGACCACACAAGUCGGCCAUCUGUAUAAGAUCAUCUGGACGCUGGCCCGCAUGUAUGCCCUCAGCCCAUCAUCCACCGAAUACCUCGACGCCAUUGACAAGCUGUGGAGAGAAAACAAAAUGCUUGGAGCUUUCGACGAACAAGUGGGCUCUCCUCAUGCCUUGCUCGACUGGCGAAAGGGCAUCACGUCGAGACAAAAGGGGUAUUGGCAAGCGGAGCAGAGCUUCAUGGCUGGCAUGACGGUUCUCACACUGGACCGGCAGAUGGGCGAAGCAGAGAGGGACGAGUACCUCGAAGUCAUCGACAAGAGCCUGAUGUUCUUCUACGACAGGCUGGUUGACCCUGUCCACGGUGAUGUCUUCAGCCAACUGGAUGAGACGGGAAAGACCGUGGUCAAGGGCGACAAGGGCAGCAUAUACAAGUCUUGUUUCCACAGCAUGGAGUUGGCCUUCUAUGCCUAUGUCUACAGCAUGCUGUUCCGCAACGACGUCAGCAAGAGGCGGGUGCCUUUGUUCUAUCGGCUGCACAACCGAGACGAGACCAAAGAGGAGCUGCUUGUCGUUCUGACGCCGAUUCCAAUCGAAAAGGGACGACUGGUGAUUGAGUCCGUCGACAGGGACGGAGAAGCAUACACUGAUUUCGACAGCAAUUCGCGCACAGUGAGGGUCAGGAGGGGGGAGGGAGGCGUGUUUCGAGUCGUCUUCGGUAUCCAUGACAAAUGAGUGCAUCAGCCCUCUGACGAUUCGACCAUUGGCUGCCGACGAUGCUGUCACUGCUGCUUCGAAUGUAGGAGCCAGAGGACUUUCGUGUAUUUGUCGACAGCCGUUUGUGUGAGGACAAAUACUCAAUUGAGACGCAUACAUCCGCACACAGGCACACAUUGUCCGAUAAAUAAAUG